CUACUGAUAAACGUUUCCCGGUUGACAUCAAUACUGGCAAAGUCACCGUGAAAUUAGUUUCGACAAAUUCACCGUUGACAUCUCAAGAAACUACAUGUAAUGAUAAACAGAAAACCUUCAGCAAUGUUGGAUCCCACGAACUGAGGUUAUGGAAGGUCAAAAUUCCUACCAGCAAAGAAACAAGAAGUAACAAUAAGUCUCAUACUAAAAUUGAAAUUAAACAACAACUCAGCGGUGAGGAGUUGAUCCCAGAUGAUGAGGUUUAUAAAAUAUUUCCAGCUGAACCUCCAGAGGAGCACAUCACAUCUUUGUUCAGUUACCUGAGCUACAAUGGUUGUGAUACUUGGUCGAAGAUGCAGAUCAAACUAUUUGGGAUGUUGACAGCAUUGUACGAUAAACUUAACCCAUAUGAGAUGACACGUUCUAAGAUAAGAGGUGUAAACGCAUGGACGAUGCUCUUGUUGACCUCUCCAAAAGCCUGUGGCUUCUUUGCUUCUAUGUUUGGAGCACUUCUCAAGGGAAGCUGUCUCUGUAGGAUCAAUAUAAGUGAUGACCCUGACAAAUUAUACUUUCAUCCUUCAACAUCACAAUCUGGCGAACCAGCUGGAGGAAGCCAAACAAUGGUUUGA